GGUGGAGGGAGGGGUGUCGCACACUAGUAGAGAAAAGGAGAAGAAAAAGAAUAAAAAGAGAGGAGGCAAUGGGGGAAGUAGGGGGGAGAAGAGAGCAAACGGUGAGAAGGAGAAACCAAGAGAGAAGAAAAAGGAAAAUAGAAGAAGAAGGAGAGAGUCUUUCGUCACUCAAGGAAAACUUUGAAAAGGGAGAUUUUCUAUUGCUCUAAGAAGGUGGCACGUAAAAAAGAAAAAGCAUCAGUUCAUUCAUAUCACCGUCAUCCUUAUCGCACCAGAUUACAGUUACGAAUUGCUAGGACAAUGGAGAACGAACAGCAGAAAGAACUGAUCCAGAAGCAGAGCCAGGAAAUUACAGAUCUGAAAGAACAAAUGGCUAUGUUGAUUACUCAGAUGUCACAGCUUAUGAAAGGAAAAGCGGUUGCAGAAAGUUCAGCACAAAAAGGAGAGCCCAUGCUUCAGCUUUAUGACAACGCGACAAUAAACUUCUCAGGAAGUGCGCCGGUAGUUGGGCCAGCCCGGGAUGGUGGAUUUCCAUCACUGGAUUCCCAGCAGAAAACGUAUGUCAUGCCUGUAGAGAUUAAAGAGGAAGGAGGAAGGGGUCUUACUGUAGAGUAGUAGAAAAAGAUGGAAAAAUGGAUGAGUUCAAUUGAAGGAUUUGGGCUUGUUGGCGCUUUAAGUCCCCAUAAGUUAUGUCUGGUGAAGGAUUUGAUCAUUCCUCCUGAUUUCAAGCUUCCGGCUUUUACUCUCUUUGAUGGUACUAGAAUCCCUCUAGAUCAUCUGACCAUGUAUUGUCGGAGGAUGCAGCCAUAUGUUCAUGAUGAAAAGAUAUUGAUUCACUUUUUCCAGGAAAGUUUGACGGGGAGCGCAACUCGGUGGUUUACAAGCUUAGAUCCGUCUUCUGUUGAGACCUGGGAGGAUCUGGCUAAUUUAUUCCUUAAAAAGUACGAGCAUAACAUGGAGAAGGUCCCCACCAUCUAUGAUCUUCAGUGUACUGUCAUGAAGGAAGGAGAAAGUUUUCGGGAUUGGGCCCAUAGAUGGAGAGACUUAGCAUCCCAGAUGCACCCUCCGUUGGCGGAACAAGAUCUGGUUAAUGCAUUCAUUGACGCACUUCGAGAGCCUUAUACUUCAAAAAUUGCUGGAGGGGGGCAUGCAGGUUUAGGAGAAAUGAUCCGAGCAGGGGAACGUAUUGAGAGAUGCAUGCAAAGAGGAAAUAUUAGCAUUAGCGUCCCCAUGCUUGAGAAGCCAGAGUAUCAGAAGGGAGGGAAGAUGAAAAAGAAGGAAAACGAGGUGCAUACCGUUAAUUAUAGCAGCAAUCCCACUUAUGGGUCUCCCACUUCUGAUUACAGGCCGCGAAGCAAUGCUCCCAGGCUGUCUAGUUCAUAUAACCACCACCUAAACUCAAAUUCCCACCCGCCACCUCAGCAUUCUUAUCGACCACCUCAACAGACUUACCAACCACCUCAGCAAGCUUAUCGACCACCUCAGCAAAAUUACCAGCCACCUCAGCAAGCUUACCAACCACCCCGCCAAAAUUACCAAAACUUUGAAAAUAACCCUAGACCCCGAAGGCAGAUAGAGCAGUUCGCUCCGAUACCCAUGACUUAUGCCCAGUGUUAUGACAAGUUAUUGUCUAAUUCAGCUAUUGCACCUAUCCCGGGAGGAGGACCCCAGAAUCCACCUUAUCCUCAUUGGUACAACCCUGAGGUGACGUGUGCCUAUCACGGGGAUUCGCCUGGACAUUCAAUUGAAAAUUGUCUGACCUUCAAGAGAAUUGUGCAAAAUAUGGUCAAUUCUGGAUGGUUGAAUUUUGAUGGGAUCAGGAAGCCCGAUGUGACCACUAACCCUUUGCCGGAUCAUGGCAAUGAAGGUACCAAUGCUGUUGAGGGUUCAGGCGAGUUUAGGAGGAAAAUUGCAGAGGUAACUAUGUCUUUGAGUUUGGUGUUGGGUGCUUUGGAAAAUGAAGGACUUAUUAAAAGAGAGGAGUUGGACUUGACGUUGAGAUACGAUGGUUAUGAUGAGUUGAAGACUUGUGAAUUUCACAAAGGAGUUGAGGGACAUUCUCUGGAGAAUUGUUUUCAAUUUCAAGCAAAGGUGCAGGAUUUGAUUGAUAGCAAGAAAGUAGUAUUUGGUGUGAAGUCAGGGUGCCUGAAUGCAGUCAAUGCUAUUGGGGAUGAAUUCUAUAAAGGACCAAGGCCUGGUGGGAGGACGAAGCCAAUUGUUUUGCAGUACUUUUUAGAAGAUCAACCGUUUGUCAAAAGUCCACAUCCUUCAAAGCCUUCUUACGUGAAUGAUAAGGUUGUUCCGUGGGUAUAUGAGAAAAAUGAUCUUGAGGUUGCUGUGGAUAACAUCUCAGGGGUGAGUAGGAUAACCCGAACUGGACGGGUUUAUUCUCGCGAGGAGUCAGGUGACCCAAUGUCAGGAGCGGAAGCUGAAAGGAAAAGGAAGGGAAAGGACGUUGUAAGAGCGGAAGAGAAUUUGAAAGAUUUGAAGAAAGAUCAUAUUGUAUGUGAGGAAAUUAAGAAAGCAGUGACUGAUGUAGAAAUUCAGGAGUUUCUGAAGAUUAUCCGUCAAAGCGAGUAUAUGAUUGUAGACCAAUUGAAAAAGACCCCGGCAAAGAUUUCCAUUUUAGAAUUAAUCAUGAGUUCGGAGCCACACCGUAAAGUGUUGUUGAGAAUGUUGAAUCAGGCCUAUGUGUCAGAAAAGAUACCGAUAGAAUCUUUUGACGGGAUUGUCGGAAAUGUGCUCGCAACUCACUUAUUAUCAUUUACUGAAGAGGAGAUUCCAGAUGAGGGGAUGGGCCAUAACAAAGCGUUGCAUAUUUCGGCCAUGUGUAGGGGUUUUGAAGUGGCAAGUAUUUUGAUAGACAAUGGAUCGUCGUUGAAUAUCCUACCAAAGGAGACUUUUGAUAGGCUGCCAAUUGACAGAUCAUAUUUGAAGCAAGUACUAGUGGUGGCUAAAGCCUUUGAUGGAACCAAGAAGGAGAUAAUGGGGGAGAUCGAGGUCCCUUUGGAGAUCGUAAAUGUUACAUUCAAUGUCCCCUUUAUGGUGAUGGAUAUAUCGCCGACUUACAGUUGCCUAUUAGGUAGGUCGUGGAUCCAUACUGCUGGUGCUGUACCAUCGUCUUUACAUCAGAAUCUCAAAUUUGCUCACGGAGGAAGAGUCUACAUUGUUAAAGGCCAGUCGGAAUGGAUGGUGGCUAGCGUUUCAAACUCACUCCAUAUUGAUGCGGCCCUGCAGGGGAUUGAAAGCUCAUUUCAAUCCUUUGAGAUUGCUACUGCUAGUUUUGUGAAGGAAGAGCAGUUUCUGGUGCAGCCCCGUUUAUCAAAAGUGGCUAAGUUUAUUGGAAGAAUUAUGUUGAAGAUGGGAUUCCGACCAGGGGGAGGUUUAGGCAAAGAGGAGCAGGGGAUAAAGAAGCCAAUAGUUGCAUUGAAACAAGCUGAGCGCUGGGGUCUUGGGUAUAAGCCAAGUAGAGCUGAUAAGAUACAGAUCCAGGCUGAGAAACAGGCAAAACGGAUCGCUCAUUUUGAGGGUCGAGAGCAGGAUGUUCCGAAAAAUUCAAUCCCCUGGCUAUAUGACAGUUUCGUGUUUGGAGACUUCUUGGAAAAGGUCAAUCCUCUCAAUGCAGGGGCAAUUCCAGGGAAAUUGAUCCUUAAUCUUCCUGUUGAUCAAGUGGAAACGAGUCGAACUGGGGCAAAUUUUGGAGAGCUGUGUGAGCAGUUUGAAGAUUUUCAUGUCGCUGUUAUAGAGGAGGAUCAGAACUUUGCUGCUAAGUCUUAUUAUGUUGUCCCUCGGCCUCCAGGUUUUGAGCUCAACAACUGGACCAGUUUCGAAUUGCCAGUCUCUAUCAACAACCUUCAAGAGUAAUCUCCAUAUGCACUAUAAUCUGUGGUCUAGCUCACGGCCACUGAUUGGGUUUUUGUGAUGAGCAUGUCUUUACUUUGUCUUUUGAUGAAUUCGCAUAGUAUGGCCUUAGUAUGUUCUCAUGUUUCAGAUGAUUCUGCUAUGCUUAUCAUAAAUAAAAA